AUGUUUACCUUCAAUUCAGGUGCAAAUAAUGCCAAUACAAGCACGAUAGGAUCGACCGGAGGGAUGUUUGGCAACAAACCAACAUUUGGAGCAUCUCAACCAACUCAACAACCGGCAGGAGGAUUUAGUUUCAAUUCCAAUCAGCAGAAUAAUAACCAAAAUGUAGGUGGCGGAUCUGGUUUAUUUGGAGCCAAUGCUAAUACACCGCAACAGCAACAGCAACAAUCAGGAGGAAUGUUUGGUAAUCAACAGAAUGCUUCUAGUAUAGGCGGCGGUGGAUUAUUUGGUAAUAAGCCUGCACAGACAAACACAUUGGGUACUGGUACGACAGGUGGCCUCUUUGGGCAACAGCAGCAACAGAAUACUACUAGUGGAUUUGGCGCGGGAACCACUACAGGCGGAGGUCUCUUUGGGAAUACUGCACAAAAUCAACCUACAUCUACUGGGGGUGGUCUUUUUGGUAGCAAAACAGCGGGCACAGGAGUAUCAGGAGGACUAUUUGGGAAUAAUACCCAAAAUACUGGUGCCUCUACAGGUGGUGGUCUCUUUGGGGCAAAUAAUAACCAACAACGGACCGGAGGUUUGUUUGGAAGUAAACCAUUAGGUCAGACGACAAAUACACCAGGUUCUUUAUUUGGUAACCAAGGCACCACCAGUAAUACCACUGGUGGGGGGUUAUUUGGUAAUAAAUUGAACCAAGGGUCUGCAACUGGUGGAUUAUUUGGUCAACAACAGCAACAGCAACAUCAACCACAGCAACAGCAACAAACCUUAAAUUCAGUACAACCCUCAUUUUCAUGGAUGCAACAACCAGGUCAAACAACAACUCAGCAACAACCUAUAAUGCAAACACAAAUUUAUCCACAACAACAGCAGCAGCAACAAUAUCAACAGUCGUAUUAUCCACAACAAAUACAGGAACAGUUAUUAAAAUGUAAAGAAUCCUGGGAUCCAAAUUCCAACAAAUCUAAGUUGAGAACAUUUAUGUACAAUAAAGUGAAUGAGACGGAGGCCAUGCUGUAUAACAAACCCAUUAAUAUUCCUCAAGAAGAAUGGGAUUCUGCCAUUGAAAAGAGACCAUCUAGUGAUGUCAUCCCUGUACAAUUAUUUGGAUUUGAAGGUUUGAAUCAACGUAGUCAAUUACAAGUGGAAAAUGUGGCACAGGCUCGUCUAAUUUUGAACCAAAUCUUAGAAAAAUCUACUCAAUUACAACAAAAGCAUGAAUUAGAUACUGCUGCCAGAAUAUUGAAAGCUAAAUCAAGAAACGCUGAAAUUGAAAGACGAAUUCUGAAGUUAGGAACCCAAAUCAGUAUUUUGAAAAAUAGAGGUGUUCCUUUGAGUAUAUCGGAAGAAAAGAUGUGGUCUCAAUUCCAGGCAUUGUUGAAGAAAAGUGAAGAUCCAGCCGGAUUGGGUAAGACUAACGAACUAUGGGCACGUCUUGCUGUCUUGAAAGAACGUUCUAAGAAUAUUUCAGAUCAAUUAGAUAAUACGCUUGUCGUUAUCAAUGCAAAUGGCGGGAACUCCGCUGCAUCAGAACCCAAUUCUAGCGCCGGGACAGGUGUUGACGAAGAAGUUAAACAUAAAAUCGAUAAGAUUGCUGAGAUUCUCACUAGUCAACAACGUGGUAUUUAUUAUUUGAAUGAAGUUCUUGAGAAGGACCACAAUGCUAUAGAUAAGGCACUAAAGAAGUGA